AAAUUGGAAUUUAGCCUAAAAUAUUAAAUAUUUCUGAUAUUAAAUGUUUGCAUCAUUUAUUAUAGUCAAUCUAGGGAAAACAAUUCUAGCUCAUUGAAAGAGAGCUACUAAGUUUAUUUUAUAUAAGAUUUUUCCCUCCCUGGGUUGAAGAAAUCUCGUUGGCUCAUAUGGGACUGAGGCACUCGCGUUGCCUGCUCCUUCGGAGAAAAAUGGCGGAGCCGGACAAUUCUGAGGUAUGUCAGUUUGCUGGUAAAUGAUCCAAGGAGUGACAUAUGCUGGUCAAAAUCUUUCGUUAUAUUGAUAUAAUCGAUAAUAAUAAAUUAAUGAUGGUACUGUUUAUUUAUUUUGUAUUGUCUUUGUCAGUUUUGAAGUAAUCAAGAUUGUAUCGACUACUGGUGUCUGUAAAAAGCAAUGCAGACACAUGCUACGUUUAGUUGUUUUUGUAAAUUGAUAUGGCAUAUAUCCCGUUAAAAUAUUACAGUUGCAAAGAUAUGCGAUGUGUAAAUGAUCUGUAGUGGUUAAUGGGUGCGCUGUCCUUGGUGCUGAUUCCACUAUCCGUUCAGCACAAUAUGUAGCAUGGACUCCUGCUGAUCUGAAAACGGGUAGAUGCGUAAUAUGAUGUAAUCUAGCCUACCAAGUGACCUCUAAUGCAUUCUAAGUACUUCACUGUAUUUGUAAAUAGCACAUUUUGCCAUUUAACAAAUUGUUUUGCAUCAACGUGCACUGUAUUGAAAGUGAUUUCUUACAGCAAACAGAUCCAGUUAUGUUGCUCUUCUCUGACAAUGUUCAAAUGUCCUACUCUCUUCAAAUACACCUGCACUCAAUUUUGUCUGUCCAUCUCUCUCUCUCUCUCUCUCUCUCUCUCUCUCUCUCUCUCUCUCUCUCUCUCUCUCUCUCUCUCUCUCUCUCUCUCUCUCUCUCUCUCUCUCUCUCUCUGUCUUUAUUUGCUCUAUCCCUACCUUUCUCUCUAUCUUUAUAUUCCCUAUUUCUCUCUGCCUCACCCCCUCCUCUCUCUUAGCAGCAGCGUACCAUCACUGCCCCCCAGUCCCAGUCCUUUCAGCCCUCCUCCUUGCCCAAACCUGUGCCUACCGUCCACCAUCUGCCACACCCUCCACAUACACCCCAUGUAGCGGCCCUGCCCACCUGCCCCGGGCGUGGCAAGAUGGCAAAGCUGCUCAACCCGGAGGAAAUGACAUCACAGGACUACUACUUUGACUCCUACGCCCACUUUGGCAUCCAUGAGGUAGGUAGGGGUCUCAUCCAUGAAGUAGGUAGGUAGGAAGGUAGGUAGGGGACUCAUCCAUGAGGUAGGUAGGGGACUCACCCAUGAGGUAGGUAGUUAGGUAGGAGACUCAUCCAUGAGGUAGGUAGGUAGGGGACUCAUCCAUGAGGUAGGUAGGUAGGGGACUCAUCCAUGAGGUAGGUAGGUAGGAGACUCAUCCAUGAGGUAGGUAGGUAGGAAAGUCAUCCAUGAGGUAGGUAGGUAGGAGACUCAUCCAUGAGGUAGGUAGGUAGGAGACUCAUCCAUGAGGUAGGUAGGUAGGUAGGAGACUCAUCCAUGAGGUAGAUAUAGUGCCUUCAGAAAGUAUUCACACACUUUACCUUUUCCACAUCUUGUUGUGUUACAAAGUGGGAUUAAAUGGAUUUAAUUGUUGUUGUUUUUUGUCAAGAAUCCACACAAAAUCAUCUGUAAUGUGAAGGUGGAAGAAAAAUGCAUUUGUAAAAAAAAGUUAUGAAAAAUAAAACACUAAUAUAUCUUGAUUAGAUAAGUAUUCAACCCCUUGAGUCAAUACAUGUUAGAAUCACCUUUCGCAGCAAUUACAGCUGUGAGUCUUUCUGGGUAAGACUCGAAGCGCUUUGCACACCUGGAUUGUACAACAUUUGCACAUUAUUCUUAAAAAAAUUAUUCAAGCUCUGUCAAGUUGGUUAUUGAUCAUUGCUACACAGCCAUUUUCAAGUCUUGCCAUAGAAUUUCAAGCCGAUUUAAGUCAAAACUGUAACUAGGCAACUCAGGAACAUUCAUUGUCGUCUUGGUAAGCAGCUCCAGUGUAUAUUUGGCCUUGUGUUUUAGGUUAUUGUCCUGCUGAAAGGUGAAUUUGUCUCCCAGUGUCUUGGAAAGCAGACUGAAACAGGUUUCCUUUAGGAUUUUGCCUGUGCUUAGCUCUAUUCCGUUUCUUUUUAUCAUAAAAAAAACUCCCCAGUCCUUGCCGAUGACAAGCAUACCCAUAACAUCAUGCAUGCUUGAAAAUAUGAGGAGUGGUACUUAGUGAUAUGUUGUGUUGGAUUUGCCCCAAACAUAACGCUUUGUAUUCAGGACAUAAAGUUAAUUUCUUUGCCACAUUUUUUGAAAAUUUACUUUAGUGCCUUAUUGCAAACAGGAUGCAUAUUUUGGAAUAUAGUAACACAACAGAAUGUGGAAAAAGUCUAUUGAAGUGUCAGACUCAUACCCUAGAUAGUGAUCUAUUGAAGUGUCAGACUCAUACCCCAGAUAGUGAUCUAUUGAAGUGUCAGACUCAUACCUCAGAUAGUGAUCUAUUGAAGUGUCAGACUCAUACCCCAGAUAGUGAUCUAUUGAAGUGUCAGACUCAUACCCCAGAUAGUGAUCUAUUGAAGUGUCAGACUCAUACCCCAGAUAGUGAUCUAUGGUCUAGGUAGCCUAAAACUAAGAAGAGAGAAAGGGAACAACCUAAAAUGUGUUUCUGUCGAGGUCCUUAUUUAGCAUGUGGGUCAGGUUACUGUCUGAAUGCAAAGCAGACCCAAGAACAGAACUGCCCCCGAUAAAAUGUGUGAGUGUGCGUGUGUGUGUGUGUGUGAAUGGGUUUAGAGAGAUGGGUAUCAGAUAAUCCCAGCAGGGUUUCGUUAUAGACCUACCUCUAUUUAAAUAGCCUGUGCCAGCAAUGCGGCCUAAAUGCUGCCUCUGUCACUAUGAUCAUUUUCUAUUAAUAGAAAUCCAGAAGCUGUCAUUUAUACAUGUUUAGAAGACAUGCACUACGUCCCAAAUGGCACCCUAUACUCUAUGUAGGGCACUUCUUUUGACCAGGGCCCAUAGGGCUCUGGUGAAAAGUAGUGCACUAUACAGUAAAUGGGGACAUUUGGGACACAUCCAUGUACUGUACCACCCACUUCUGAAACGUUCAGUGUAGCAUAUUCAUUACAUACUGUAUGAGGACAAUCAUUUACACACUCUCCACACUCUGUUGAAUCUCUCUUAGCUCGAUAUUAACCCAAUGAGUCCCACUGUAUUGCCAGUGCGUUUGGGACUUCUAACCCAUUUUUAACAUAGUGUGUUUGCGUUACAGACUUAAAGUUUGUACCAUUAGAUUUGUCUAUUUAUUCUGCAUCCGUAGACACCAUUAGUCUGUGUGAUUAAUGGGGGCUGCGCUAGAGCGGUGUUUUUGAGACAAGGGCGGAUCCCGAAGGGGUCUGGGGCCGGGUCUUUUAUACAAAAACGUAUUUAGAGUCAGAAUUGUUUGAGCCACAAACUAUUAAAACCUAUCUAUGAAAAUACUGUAUGUUUUGCUCUAUGACAUUCACAAGCCCCACAAGAGUUGUUAGAAGUUAAGGGGUUCUUCUACAUAGAAGAUCAUAGGAAAUCCCAGGACAUAGUGUCUACAUUACUGUAAUAAGCUGACAUAGUUGCUGUCACAAACUCCAAACUCCACACAGUUGUCACUGAUAUAUAUAAUUGCGGACCUUAUUUUUCUAAUUUGUCAAUAAAACUCAUGAAUGCAACUGUUUAUGUCAAAUUGUUUUGUGUUCUACAUUUAGCCCUGGUUGUCCUGAAAACAAAAUGGUAAAACACUUAAUUGUGAGGCUAAAUAUAAGGGCUGGAUAAAUUAAAGUCAGAUGAAUGAAAAGCCGAUUUUUGCUGGGAUCUCGGGACUAAUAGGGUUAAGUAUUUUUUAGCUUGACGUCCUCUGUGUAGCAUAGUAUCAUGUUUUUCCUGACCCCAUGACCUGACCAGGUAAAACUCCUGGACCCAUUCAUAGUCGCCGAGCUAUAAAGUCUUGCACAUUCUGCAAAUCCUAACUUCCACAUAAGUCAAAUAUUCACUUAGUCUCCCAUUGACACCAAUGCAUGACUAAUGGCUGUAUCUUCAGGCGAUACUUCUGCAAUAUCGAUUGAAUCCAACCCUGAGUGAAAAUUUGACUUAAAGAAAAGUUAUGAUUCACCUCUCUGUGAGAUUCCCAAUCCCAUCAACAUUCCCAUGUUGUUCCCUGUUGUACAGGAGAUGCUGAAGGAUGAAGUGCGGACCCUGACCUAUAGGAAUGCCAUGUACCACAACAAGCACAUGUUCAAGGACAAGAUAGUUCUGGACGUGGGCAGUGGGACAGGCAUCCUGUCCAUGUUCGCUGCCAACGCGGGCGCCAGGCACGUGUACGGGGUGAGAGUCCUUCUCCUGCUUUAAACACCAAACACCUUUUCACACUGCAAAGCUGAGCCGAGCCAAGCUGUACUGAGCCAUGUUCAGAUGCCAAACGUUGUCGACAGUUGCAGAUAGACAUUUCAUGAAUAGAGCUGAUGUGAUUCCGUAUUCUACAUGUCAGAGAGGCAUGUUCGUUCUACAUAACCUAUUUCUAUAAGAACGUUCCAAAAUGUUGCGUCCUGCUGAAUGCGCCCCUGGCGAUACAUUUAUUUAACAGAUGCCUGUUUCACACUACAGGGCCGACCUGAACCCUGCUGGUUUUUAUAUUUUCAUUUCACAUUGUCCUUUUCCAGCGUGGUUUAAGCAGCUAUGGUGGAUGCGUAGCCAGGCCAGCCCAGAUUGGCAUGGCUUGGCUCGGUUUGGCCCUGUAGUGUGAACCAGGCUGAGGAAGAAAAGGACUUGAUGGUUGAUAUUCAACUGUCGUACAGUCGUCUGAUCUGUCUGUUGAGUUGAAGUGGUGGGUGUAUCACAUCUCUCCCUCACUGACACUUGCUCAGCCGCACGCACGCACGCAUGCACACACGCACACACGUACACGCGCACGCACACGCACACACACACACACACACACACACACACACACACACACACACACACACACACACACACACACACACACACCAGGACCCUGCCCCUGGUUCAUGGUGUAAAUUGUCAUAACACUCUACUCUACCGUCAUUAGCAUCUUGGUUAACCCUUCUGAGAUCCUGCCAUGUAACUACACCAGCAUCGCCUCUGUAAUGCUAACAAGCUAACACACAUCAGAGGCACAUCUCCAGGCUGGAUCGCUAAUGCAGAAGAUCACAGAGUCCCAAUGUCACGAUCGUCGUAAUGAACAGACCAAGGCGCAGCGUGAUGAACGAACAUGUUUAACUUUAUUAUCUUUAGUGAUAAUAGAACACAAUCAACAAAACAAGAAACGACUCGUGAAGUCCACGGUAACAAUGACCGAAGACGGAACAAGAACCCACAAACACAAAGGAAAAAUAGACAGUAUAAAUAUGGCUACCAAUCAGAGACAACCAACGACAGCUGACACUCGUUGCCUCUGAUUGGGAGUCACUCUAGCCAACAUAGAAAUAAACACAACAGAAUUACCAACAUAGAAUUAAACACAUAGAAUGAACACACCCUGGCUCAACAUAUAGAGUCCCAGAGCCAGGGUGUGACAGUACCCCCCCCUAAAGGCGCGGACUGCGACCGCGCCUCAACUUGAACAAAACAGGGGAGGGCUGGGCGGGCAUACCUCCUCGGCGGCGGUUCUGGCUCCGGCCUUGACCACCACCCUCCAAUAAACCCCCCCAUAGCGCCCCUGGUCCAGUCUGGCCCCGCCGGCUGGAGCUGAACUGGACGUAGCAGGAGCGGUUAGCUUCAGCUCCAUAGUGGAGCAGUUGACCGGUACCUUACCAGGCACCGGUGACCCAGGCACGGGUUGUGCUGGACUGACGACGCGCACCCCUGGCUUGGUGCGUGGAGGAGGAACGGGCCUUACCAGGCUGACGACUCGCACCCCUGGCUUAGUGCGUGGAGGAGGAACGGGCCUUACCAGGCUGACGACUCGCACCCCUGGCUUGGUGCGUGGAGGAGGGACGGGCCUUACCAGGCUGACGUCUCACACCCCUGGCUUAGUGCGAGUAGCAGGAACAGGCCUUACCAGGCUGACGUCUCGCACCCCUGGCUUAGUGCGAGUAGCAGGAACAGGCCGGGCCGGGCUGGCGACGCACACCGUAGGCUUGGUGCGUGGAGCAGGAACAGGCCGGGCCGGGCUGGCGACGCACACCGUAGGCUUGGUGCGUAGAGCAGGGACAGGCCGGACUGGGCUGGCGACGCACACCGUAGGCUUGGUGCGUAGAGCAGGGACAGGCCGGGCUGGGCUGGCGACGCACACCGUAGGCUUGGUGCGUAGAGCAGGGACAGGCCGGACUGGGCUGGCGACGCACACCGUAGGCUUGGUGCGUAGAGCAGGGACAGGCCGGGCUGGGCUGGCGACGCACACCGUAGGCUUGGUGCGUAGAGCAGGGACAGGCCGGACCGGGCUGGCGAUGCACACUGUAGGCUUGGUGCGUGGAGCAGGGACAGGCCGAACCGGGCUGUGGAGACGGAUAGGAGACCUGGAGUGAAGAGCGGCCACAACCCGUCCUGGCUGAAUGCCUACCCUCACACACUCUGUGUGAGGCAUCCGCACAGGACGUACAGGGCGGUGUAUCCGUAACCUGGUGGCCUUCUGAAUCCGCCCCUUUUCUGCCUCCGUCAGCCCCGUCGUCCAUGCCGUGUGCCCCCCCCUAAAAAAUUUCUGGGGUUGCCUCUCGCCUGUCCGACGUUGACCCGUUUGGCGCCGCUGCUCCUCUCUACGGCGCGCCUCCACCGUCUCUUCUCCCGACGCUUCCUCCCAUGUCCAGCCCAAGAACUGCCCCUGGACACGCUGCUUGGUCGUUGCAUGGUGGGUUCUUCUGUCACGAUCAUCGUAAUGAACAGACCAAGGCGCAGCGUGAUGAACGAACAUGUUUAACUUUAUUAUCUUUAGUGAUAAUAGAACACAAUCAACAAAACAAGAAACGACUCGUGAAGUCCACGGUAACAAUGACCGAACACGGAACAAGAACCCACAAACACAAAGGAAAAAUAGACAGUAUAAAUAUGGCUCCCAAUCAGAGACAACCAACGACAGCUGACACUCGUUGCCUCUGAUUGGGAGUCACUCUAGCCAACAUAGAAAUAAACACAACAGAAUUACCAACAUAGAAUUAAACACAUAGAAUGAACACACCCUGGCUCAACAUAUAGAGUCCCAGAGCCAGGGUGUGACACCCAAAUGGCACCUUAUUCCCUAUAUAGCGCACUACUUUUGACAAGGGACCAUAGGGCUCUGGUCAAAAGUAGUGCACUAUAGUGAAUAGGUCGGGUGUCAUUUGGGAGAACUGCGAUUCCCACAGGGCACGGCUUGAAGUCUCAUUCACAGGAAAUACAUUAUCAGCCCUCACAUUUCCCUCACCAUAUUAAUCAUAUAUAACACUCAUUGAUGAGAGAGGAAAAUGGUACAUGAAUAAUGAUCUUGAUAAAGUGGAGAUUGGAUCUAGGAUGAGUGGUAAAGCAGCAAUGAUUGCAGUGGGUGCCCUUGUGUGUGUGAGUGUAUGUGUGUGUGUGUGUCCGUACCUGUAGAACUAAUGUCAGACCUAACAUUCAUCAACGAGUAUGUAGGUGAUGUGCACAGCAUUUCUCCGCUGAAUAAAGCACAGGAGCAGUAUAAACCUACUGACAUUCAUCAAACCUGUGUGUUCCCUCUUGUUAUGUGCCCCAGAUUGAGUGUUCCAGUAUAUCAGAGUAUUCUGAGAAGAUCAUCAAGUCCAACCACCUACACAAUGGUAAGAGAUACACUACAAAUCAAUCAUCUAUAUAGGUUCACACAGGGUAGCCGACAUAGCUAUAUCCUGUCAAAGUUACAUGUUACGAGUUAACUAGUCAAGGGACAAAGAUUUGGGGAGGAUAAACUGAUUCUAUAACUGUGUCUAAAGGCAACUUGUACCCAUAACAUGGUACACAUAACAGGCUACUCAUGUUCUAUUGAUCAUUAGGACUAUAUGGGCGCAGUGGGGGAGACAGCUGGCUUACUGAGAGAUAACAUAAUAUAUUAACAUUGAUAAAGUAUCAAUGAAAGAGACAGAGAGAGGAGAGAGAGAGAGGGGGAGAGGGAGGGGGGAGAGAGAGAGGGAGGAGAGAGAGAGAGAGAGAGAGAGAGAGAUGGAGGAGAGAGAGAGAGACAGAGAGAGGAGAGAGAGAGAGAGGGAGAGAGAGAGAGGGAGGGGGGGGGGGGGGAGAGAGAGAGCUAUUCAGACAGACAUCUUUACCCUGGACUCUGGUUGGCAGCUCUGUCUGGCAGCUCUGCUCCCAAACAAAACAUCCCUAAACUGAGACAUCAAUCAAAAUGAGCUGGAUGCCGCUGAUCAUCACUCUGAAAUGUCACCUUGAUGGAACUCCACAGAUGGAGUUAUAAUUGAAUGACCCAGAGGAGUGUUUAGUGUAGUGUAGUGUUUAGUGGAGCGGAGUGUUUGGUGUAGUGGAGUGUUUGGUGUAGUGGAGUGUUUAGUGUAGUGGAGUGUUUAGUGGAGCGGAGUGUUUGGUGUAGUGGAGUGUUUGGUGUAGUGGAGUGUUUAGUGUAGUGGAGUGUUUAGUGGAGCGGAGUGUUUGGUGUAGUGGAGUGUUUGGUGUAGUGGAGUGUUUAGUGUAGUGGAGUGUUUGGUCUAGUGGAGUGUUUGGUCUAGUGGAGUGUUUGGUCUAGUGGAGUGUUUGGUCUAGUGGAGUGUUUAGUGUAGUGGAGUGUUUGGUCUAGUGGAGUGUUUAGUGUAGUGGAGUGUUUGGUGUAGUGGAGUGUUUAGUGUAGUAGAGUUUUGUGUUGUGAGUGACAUUCUGUGUCCUGUCCUUCAGUCAUCACCAUCUUCAAGGGGAAGGUGGAGGAGGUGGAACUGCCAGUGGAGAAAGUAGACAUCAUCAUCUCAGAGUGGAUGGGCUACUGUCUCUUCUACGAGUCUAUGCUCAAUACGGUCAUCUUCGCCAGGGACAAAUGGCUAGUAAGUGUGUGUGUUUGUUUUUGUGUAUGUGUGUGAGUGAGAGAGAGAGCGAGAGAGAGAGAGUAUACAGGUGUAUGAUCUAAAUUUGGUCACUCUUUUGUUGCUGAGAAUUUUCCUGGUUAUAUUAUAUAUUAUAUUAACAGUAUUGCACUUUUCACGUAACUUACUUUUGGCCAGCUAUUAGCCUAACCACCAAUCAAGCAACAUUAUGGACUAAACGUUCAAAUCCUGUUGCUGCAGGAUAAUGUUGCUGUGACAAUAUAGAUCAAAUUAAGAUCCUACACCUUUACAUGCGUGCAUGUGUGUGUGUGUGUAUCCACAUACUGACUGGUCCUGCUUAUAGCGCCCAGUGAGAGGACGAUCUGGUUUCUAACUAGUGUUGCUGCUUCAGGGUUUUAGACUGGGUAUGAGCUAACGGUACAUACAGGAUGCCAGGUGUGCAGACAAUGCAUGUGACUGUAGGAUGCCUCUAUUCUCUAUGAGGUGUAUCUCAACUAAAUGUAUGUUGUUGUCUCCUCUCACAUUCAGAAGCCUGGAGGGCUGAUGUUUCCUGACAGGGCUGCCCUGUAUGUGGUGGCCAUCGAGGACAGGCAGUACAAGGACUUCAAGAUACACUGUGAGAACGUCCUUCCAUCUCCAUUUCUUAGCUACUGUGUGUAUACUGUAUGUAUGCUGGAGGUAUCUUACCCUCUCCCUCUUCCAGUGGGCUCUCUCCUCCAGCCUCUGGGUUAGACUACAGAGAGCUGUGUAGAGGAGGGAUGGAGGAGAGGGAGAGCCUGUCUGCUCGGUUCUCAAGCCUAGCUGAAGUAGACCUAUAAUACAGGCUGACAGACAUAGUGGAAGAGUAUUUAAGGCCCCUGUCUCUCACUAAAGGAACACUAGAUAGACAUACUAAGGGAGGGUGGAAGGACUGAGACCACGUUUUUGGCAACUGUAGACCUGUGUUAUAUUUUCCCUGUUCCUGAGGGUUGUUAUCGAUCCUAGGCGGCAAAUAGAGAAUAACACAGUUUCAUCUCAAUCUAAAACUUGAGACACUCUUCCAACCCAACACAGUGCCAGUAACAUAGUGUUCAAUGUCCACCACUUAGAGAGAGAGAGUCUGUGUGAUGACCACCACUGGAGAGAGAGAGUCUGUGUGAUGACCACCACUGAGAGAGAGAGAGUCUGUGUGAUGACCACCACUGAGAGAGAGAGAGUCUGUGUGAUGACCACCACUGAGAGAGAGAGAGUCUGUGUGAUGACCACCACUGAGAGAGAGAGAGAGGUCUGUGUGAUGACCACCACUGAGAGAGAGAGAGAGAGAGAGAGAGAGUGAGUAUGUGUGAUGACCACCACUGAGAGGAGAGAGAGAGAGAGAGAGUAUGUGUGAUGACCACCACUGAGAGAGAGAGAGUCUGUGUGAUGACCACCACUGAGAGAGAGAGUCUGUGUGAUGACCACCACUGAGAGAGAGAGGUCUGUGUGAUGACCACCACUGAGAGAGAGAGAGAGUCUGUGUGAUGACCACCACUGAGAGAGAGAGAGGAGAGGUCUGUGUGAUGACCACCACUGAGAGAGAGAGAGUCUGUGUGUUGACCACCACUGAGAGAGAGAGUCUGUGUGAUGACCACCACUGAGAGAGAGAGAGCGAGUCUGUGUCAUGACCACCACUGAGAGAGAGAGAGAGUCUGUGUGAUGACCACCACUGAGAGAGAGAGAGAGAGAGUCUGUGUGAUGACCACCACUGAGAGAGAGAGAGAGAGUCUGUGUGAAGACCACCACUGAGAGAGAGAGAGAGAGUCUGUGUGAUGACCACCACUGAGAGAGAGAGAGUCUGUGUGAUGACCACCACUGAGAGAGAGAGAGAGUCUGUGUGAUGACCACCACCGAGAGAGAGAGAGAGAGAGCGAGAGAGAGUCUGUGUGAUGACCACCACUGAGAGAGAGUCUGUGUGUUGACCACCACUGAGAGAGAGAGUCUGUGUGAUGACCACCACUGAGAGAGCGAGUCUGUGUCAUGACCACCACUGAGAGAGAGAGAGAGUCUGGUGAUGACCACCACUGAGGAGAGAGAGAGAGAGUCUGUGUGAUGACCACCACUGAGAGAGAGAGUCUGUGUGAUGACCACCACUGAGAGAGAGAGAGAGUCUGUGUGAUGACCACCACCGAGAGAGAGAGAGAGUCUGUGUGAUGACCACCACUGAGAGAGAGAGUCUGUGUGAUGACCACCACUGAGAGAGAGAGUCUGUGUGAUGACCACCACUGAGAGAGAGAGAGAGUCUGUGUGAUGACCACCACAGAGAGAGAGAGAGAGUCGUGUGAUGACCACCACUGAGAGAGAGAGUCUGUGUGAUGACACCACUGGGGAGAGAGAGAGAGUCUGUGUGAUGACCACCACUGAGAGAGAGAGUCUGUGUGAUGACACCACUGAGAGAGAGAGAGGUCUGUGUGAUGACCACCACGAGAGAGAGAGAGAGAGGAGCGAGAGAGAGUCUGUGUGAUGACCACCACUGAGAGAGAGUCUGUGUGUUGACCACCACUGAGAGAGAGAGUCUGUGUGAUGACCACCACUGAGAGAGCGAGUCUGUGUCAUGACCACCACUGAGAGAGAGAGAGAGUCUGUGUGAUGACCACCACUGAGAGAGAGAGAGAGAGUCUGUGUGAUGACCACCACUGAGAGAGAGAGUCUGUGUGAUGACCACCACUGAGAGAGAGAGAGAGUCUGUGUGAUGACCACCACCGAGAGGAGAGAGAGAGAGUCUGUGUGAUGACCACCACUGAGAGAGAGAGGUGUGUGUGAUGACCACCACUGAGAGAGAGUCUGUGUGAUGACCACCACUGAGAGAGAGAGUCUGUGUGAUGACCACCACUGAGAGAGAGUCUGUGUGAUGACCACCACUGAGAGAGAGAGUCUGUGUGAUGACCACCACUGAGAGAAAGAGUCUGUGUGAUGACCACCACUGAGGGAGAGAGUCUGUGUGAUGACCACCACUUCAGACAAAGAGUGUACCAGAUUUACUCAUAUCUGAGUGUGUGUGUGUGUGUGUCCAGGGUGGGAGAACGUGUACGGUUUUGACAUGACCUGCAUCCGUAACGUGGCCAUGAGAGAGCCCCUGGUGGACGUGGUGGACCCCAAACAGGUGGUGACCAACUCCUGCCUAGUCAAGGUUAGUGUGUGUGUGUGUCUGUCCACAAUGAGCACCACUUGAGGCACAGAGUGUACAAGUCAUGAGUGAAUGUACUCAUCUGAUAAACAGGGAUGCCAUUGUAAUAUAGAUAUUCUGUUAUGAGACACUGGCCAACCUUCCCACAAUUCACAGCCAGUUCCAAAAAGGGCGGCAGGUAGCCUAGCGGUUAGAGCGUUGUGCUAGUAACCGAAAGGUUGGUAGUUUGAAUCCCUGAGCCAACAAGGUGAAAAAUCGGUCGAUGUGCCCUUGAGCAAGGCACUUAACCCUAAUUACUCCAGGGUCGCCGUUGAUAAUGGCUGGCCGUGACCCCACUCUCAUGGGGAGUUGGGAUAUGCAAAGAAAUAUUUUCCAAUUUGCAUAAUAUACACACUUGUUAUUAUUUAUUGCAUUCAAAAUCCAAGUGUCACCAAGAAUUAUGAUGAGCCCAAAAUGGGUUCCGUGUCCCUGUCUGUGAUUUGCAUGUUAAUGAAUGUGUCUAGACUGUACAGAUUUCACAGUGUGACCCAUGCCAGCCACCGUACCUGGGCCAUAAAUAGGCCUGGCACUCCCGGGUCUGUGUGACAGAUUGGGAUUUAACACUGAUGUCCUGUCCAAUGACGGCCUGUCUGUUUGUCCAAUGUCACAACAAUCAUCCAAAAGAGAGAAAAUUAUGAGGAGAAUAUAUCCUCCAUUUCAGUUUGUGACGCAUGAUAUGAGAUGCUGUGUGAAUUAUCUUGAGGAGGAAAGUAUUUGAUGCUGAGAGGUGCAAUGCUUUCUAGGGUGUAUGAAUGAAAGGAUGAUGGAUGAAUUGAACAGAUUAAGGAAUUAAGGAAUAAAACAGAUGAUUGACUCACUGACUGACUGGAUUGAAUAAAUUAAUGAAUGAAUGAACAAGCAAACAUAUUGGGUGGAAUUUAAUGAAAUAAAGAGUUGAACACAAAAAUGGAAGGAGAGCUUAGUCAGGGACAGGGUGUGGAUUCCAUUUCCAGUUACAAGCCUAAAGUGCUCUAGUGUGACAGAAUACAUUAGAGCUCCUGACACACAGCAGAGAAAUCUAUUCACUGACAGGGAAGAAAAUACUGCAGACAGAGAGAGAGAGAGAGAGAGAGAGAGAGGGAGAGAGAGAGAGAGAGAGAGAGGGGGAGAGAGAGAGAGAGAGGGGGGGAGGAGAGAGAGGGGGAGAGAGAGAGAGAGAGAGGAGAGAGAGAGCGAGAGAGAGAGAGCAAAAAGCACUGGAUCAGAAAGCAAGUCAUGGAGCUUCUCAACAAUCUAAUAUCAUCCCAUAGAAAAUUAGGUUAAAGAGGCAGAACAGAGCCAAAGACGUGUGUUUGAGAGACAUGUGCAUUUGUGUAUGUCUGACAGUGCUUCUAUGUAUGAGAGAGUGAUAGAUGUAAGGAGAGAGAGAGAGAGAGAUUGAGAGAGAUAUACAGAAAUAGAGGAGAAAGGAGAAGUGUGUGUGUGUGAGAGAGAUAUCUUUCUUCCGAUGUAUGUCCCCCUGUACCAUAUUUCCCAUGUAACCUAUGACCCAGGAAGUGGACAUCUACACGGUGAAGCCUGAGGACCUGUCUUUCACCACAGCCUUCUGCCUGCAGAUCCAGAGGAACGACUAUGUCCACGCCAUGGUCACCUACUUCAACAUCGAGUUCACCAAGUGUCAUAAGAAGACUGGCUUCUCUACCGGUUAGAUCUCACCUCACCACGCACAUAUGGGUUGUGUUCAUUUGGCACCAAGAAGCAGAAAACAGACUGAAACAGGAAAGGACUACCUGAACUAGUCCAAUAAGAAAGACCUACUUUUGUUUUCCCUUGCAAAAACGUUUUGCUACGGUGUGCACUAAUGAACACGACCGCGAUGUGACCACAUUCACGUACACUAAACGCUAGGUCCUUUGAAAUGAGGUGUAUGACAAUAUAGGUUACAUGUCUUCCACACAAGCCACUUGUGUUGUUAUAAGGUCUCGAACCAGAUAUUUUACAGGGAGAGAACCACUGUGUUCAGUUUAUGGGUCCUGUCCAGGUUAUGCAACAAUGGAAAGUUGUCAUUUCAAACAGACAUCAAUCAUUUUGUGUAAAUCAGUCAAUUGUAGCACUUGUACAAAUAAGUCAGGGUGAAAACCUGUUCUCAUACCUGUAGUUGCAGAGAUUCUUGGCUCUGUGGCAGUGAUCCUUUGGUUUUGUUUGGAAGAUUGUGGAAGCACAGCACAUUUUUUGCAUUCUAAUUCUUCAAGGUUUUGACAAGGGCAGGGUGAUAUUAUUGUGAGGUGUAGGUUUGAGGCUGAUGAUCAAAAGGUACUGCUAGACAUAAAAGCAUGUAGUAAUGGCAUCCUUUGCUGUUUCCUAUAAUGACAAGUUGACUCGGGUUAUCUCAGCUCUUGACCCCCCUCUAGUGGUCCUAAGUGAAGCUGCACAGGUAAAAAAUACAGACCAAUGGUACUUUUUCUGUCUCUCCCUCUCCUGAUUAUUUCACUCUCCACCAUCGCUGUGAAGAUCUCAAUUGCAUACUCUUCGCGUCUCUCCUUCUCAAAACCCAUUGGAGGAGAAGGUCAGAGGGGAGGGACCUCUGGCUUUCUUAUCCAAUGGGUGUUGAGAAGGAGACGAGGAGAGAGGGCACGAGGAGUAUGCAAUUGAGAUCUUCCCUGUCUCUCAAUACCGUAUUCAUUUUCUCCUAAUCCUCGCUCCAUCUCCGCCUCCUCCUCUCGUUCCCCUCCCCCUCCUAUCUCUUGUUCCCCUCCUCCUAUUCCUCCCCCUCUCUUCCAUCUCCCCCUCCUCUCUCUUGUUCCCCUCCUCCUAUUCCCCCCCCCUCUUCCAUGGCCAGCUCCUGAAGCCGCCAGUACCCACUGGAAGCAGACAGUGUUUUACCUGGAGGACUACCUGACUGUGAGGAAGGGAGAGGAGAUACUGGGCAGCAUCGCCGUCAGGCCCAACGAAAAGAACGUGGUGAGAGCAGAGCUACUCUGUACUAGAACUACAGCUCACACCAGGCCAGCAUAGAAUAAAAUGGUGUUUUUAGGGGGGGUUUCUGUAGUCCAGCCAGCGCCUACUGACUAUAGAUGUCAGGUCUUUAACAUGAUCUCUGACUAUGUCAAGGAGUGAAGCCCUAUAGGAGUAUUAGCUCAGACACCACAAAGCCACCCUCAUGUUGCUGCACCACCCACUGAUUUGAACUGUUAACGGUCUACAUUUUAGUCAUUUAGCAGACGCUCUUAACCAGAGCGACUUACAGUUAGUGAGUGGAUACAUUUUCAUACUCUACAAAUGCGUCCACCCUUCUUCCCUUACUUGAAGGCGUCACAGAUCGGAGAGGGUUGGAUUGGUGAAUGUAGUACAGUGGGAAACUUGCCAUCACUUAUCCAACCUCAUAUAUUUCAGUGGCUACCUUAAAAAGGAGGGUGGAAAGAAGGAUUUAUUUUCGAAGCAUUCAAAAAGGGCUAAAUAUCCCAACUGUUGUGUCCAUCUCAAAUACGCUUUUCACACUACUAAGCCAAGCCAAGUUGUACUGUGCUGGCCUGGUUACACAUCCAUAGUUCUGAAACUGUAGGAGGACAAUGUGAGAAGAAAAUGCCAGAGGCAGCACCUAUGGCUGGGGUCGGCAUGAUACUGUCAAAUGGUUAUAGGUGGACUGAAGUCUUCUCUUGUAUUCCAGCGGGACCUGGAGUUCACCUUUGAGUUGGACUUUAAAGGACAGCUGUGCGAUGCGGCCAUUUCCCACGACUACAAGAUGCGUUAGUUGACCAGCAAAGGUUAAUAUCACCCUCCUCAGCCCCCUAUUGGACACAUCUUGAGCGAGGGAGGGCACAGGAUCUCCAACAGGCCCUCCUAUUGGCCCGAGGGGGACACGAUAUGCAUCUGAUUGGAUGACAGUGUUCCAGCACCUAAGUGACGUCAUAAGAACAAGCCAUUUCGAAGCAAUAGCGCCAUCACCUGCCACAUUUUUAAAGCUGCCCUGAGAAUGUAAUAUCCCUGAUGAACUUGAUUUUUUAUUUUAUUCAGGUUGAGUUUUAGUGUUAUUAGUACUAGAUCUAAAUGAGUUAGAGGGAUUUUAGAUGCUGGUCCAGAGGCACUUUAAACUCAGAGCAUGUAUUUUAUCAAGGACAAGACAGACACUACACCUCUGUUUCACUGAUGUCUUUCUAAGUUCAACAAAUGCAGAACCUACGAGUUUGUAACAGGAAAGUCAUUCAGUGUUUGUCCAAGUUGUUAAGUUAGGUAUAUUUUCUUGGUAUUCAGUACUGGUAAGUUAUUUGCAUGUUUAGCUUUUUGUUCUUGGUUGAUUUCAGGUAUCAUGAUUUGAUCAUGUGAGAUAUUCACAAUUGCUAUGGUGCCAGAAUAAGGAAAUAUUGAACAUGUUUAAUGAUAGAAACCUGUGAGAAAUGUCUCUAUAUGUCUUCCAUCUGUGGUGUGGGGGUGUUGAACAAAUAAAGAACAAUUACUUUGAAUUAUUGGGAAAAAAUCAAAUAUUUAAUUAGAUUUCACUUCAGUAUUUUGUAUUAUUUUGUUGUGCUUAUGGUGUGACAGACUAAUGAACAUUAACUUAAUCAAGCUCUUAUUUACAUAAAUUCUUUUGUAAUUGACAAAAUGUACCAUUACUUCUACAGUAGAACACAUUUCUUCUACUCAUAACAGUCAGGAGGUCCAAAUAACAAAACUGAAAAAUUGUUGUAAUGUAGACUAGAGCUAAAUCAAACUAUCCAUCCAGUUCCUUCACUUGUUAUCAGGAGUUCUCUCUCUCUGAGUGUCUUUACUUGCAGCAGGCUUUCUUCUUGAUAGGCAGAGCCUCCAGUAAGACAACAGUGUCUCUCACCCGAUCCUCCUGCUCUUUCAGUACUCUGGACACACAGACAGAUGCAUUGACAUGUCACACACAGUCCCGAAAUCAAACCCUAACCCCUACCCUCUGGAGAUCAACCCCUAACCCCUACCCUCUGGAGAUCAACCCCUAACCCCUACCCUCUGGAGAUCAAACCCUAACCCCUACCCUCUGGAGAUCAACACCUAACCCCUACCCUCUGGAGAUCAACCCCUAACCCCCUGGAGAUUUGAGUUCAUCUGAAAGGAUUCAAAAUGGGAAUAACAGCCAUACAAAACUCCUAUUCUAAAUGAUCAGAGGGCGAGGUGGGAACAUUAACAUAGCUUAUACCAAUUAAUUCAGAUCUCGAUACCUAGGGGUUCUCUCUCUCCCUCCCUUACCUGGCCAGGUGGACCAUGGCCUCCGUCACGUUGUAGCCGGUGUAAGCACUGACCUCGUAGAAUAUCACACGGGUGUCCUACAGGAGAGAAGAGACUCAGGUCACUGGUUGUCACUGAGCUACAGUUGUAGGAUGUUCAUUUGAACCAGGUUGGAAAAGAAUCCUGCAGCAACAGGAAAAGUUAAUUAUUAUUUGGAUUAUAAUUAAUAUAAAAAAAAAUUUAGGGGUUGAUACCUUUUUUCAUCAUUUUAUUUUACCAGGUAAGUUGACUGAGAACACCUUCUCAUUUACAGCCACGACCUGGGGAAUAGUUACAGGGGAGAGGAGGUGGGAUGAAUGAGCCAACUGGAAGCUGGGGAUAAUUAGGUGGCCAUGAUGGUAUGAGGGCAAGAUUGGGAAUUUAGCCAGGACACCGGGGUGAACACCCCUACUCUUACGAUAAGUGCCAUGGGAUCUUUAGUGACCACAGAGAGUCAGGACACCCAUUUUAAUGUCCCAUCUGAAAGACAGCACCCUACACAGGGCAAUGUCCCCAAUCACUGCCCUGGGGCAUUGGGAUAUUUUUUUUAGACCAGAGGAAAGAGUGCCUCCUACUGGCCCUCCAACACCACUUCCAGCAGCAUGUGGACUCACAUCCAGGGACUGACCAGGACCGACCCUGCUUAGCUACAGAGGCAAGCCAGCAGUAGGAUGCAGGGUGGUAUGCUGCUGGCAAGUCUGACAUUUUACGUGGAAAUUACAAACUUUAGAAGCCUUUUUAAACCUUGAAUACACUACAAAAUUCCUGCAACAGGAUGAUCAAAUUAAGAUACGGCAUCUGUAGAGGACCUACAGAUGGCAAUAGUGACAGCUAUGCGAGGUCUCAUCCAUAUUUAUAGACAGUGAACAGAUUUCCCCCCACUCUGUGUGUUGGUUGUUCAGUUCUUGAGAUUCAUGUCAUAGCAUGCUAUAGGAUGACACUUAUGACUCCCUAAACUCAAUUCCCUAAAUGGAGAACUCACAUUGGCCAGAUUCUCUGCAUCUCUGAGUGGUACCUUCCUCUCGGACGUCGCGUCCAUCUUGUUGCCCAGGAGCAGGAUGGGAAUGCCCUCUCCCGCAGCUUCCUGUGAAAACAGGGGUCAAUGAAAGGUCAGAGGUCUGCUUAAAACGUUCAGAUAGAAAUAAACUGUUUAGAACAGACAUUAUUAUUUGUCAUGUCCAGCCUGGCCAAAUGUCAAAGGUGAUCUGACCUGGACGUUGAUGAACCAGGGUCGCACAGCCUUGAAGCUGUCCAGCACCGUGACGUCAUACAUGACCACCACGCCGUCCGCCUUACGGAAGAACUGCUUGGUGAUGCUACGGUAUCUGUAGCCAACAGAGAAAAGUCACAGCUGGACAAAAUGGAACCCUGUUUAUUUUGCCAAAGUGCCAAAUGCCAACCUGAGAACUUUGCUUUGUUUGUCGUCAUCUAAGUCACAUUCUCAGACUAGCACCCAGGCCAAAAUAACACAUUGUUUUCUUAGCUAUUGGUGAGGUUUGGCAAUACUAUUUUCACUGGUCUAUGGCCACUCACCUCUCCUGCCCUGCCGUGUCCCACAGCUGCAUGGCUACCUGGGUGUUGUCCAACAUUAGAGUCUUCACACUGUAAUCAACACCUAUCAGGAACAGCCCUCAGACCGAUUAUUACGGUAUUAAGAGGAAUAUACAGCAAUAAUAUACUGUAGCAUUACUUCAUUUCAUGAAUGAACACUAGAGGGGGUAGUUGAGCUAUUCAUCAAGCUUGGUGUUAAGGUAACUGUCUUUCAUAAUAAUAAUAAUAAUAAUAAUAAUAAUAAUAAUAAUAUGCCAUUUAGCAGACGCUUUUAUCCAAAGCGACUUACAGUCAUGUGUGCAUACAUUUUUACAUAUGGGUGGUCCCGGGGAUCGAACCCACUACCCUGGCGUUACAAGCGCCAUGCUCUACCAAUUGAGCUACAGCGGACCACAGUUUCACAGUUCCACUCAUAUCAAAGCGGUGAAAUCAAACAAGCUAUCCUAUAAGGGGGGAACCAAGGGGAUUCAGAGGAGAAUUAAAUUGAUUCGAUGUGACAUAAUCUGCGGCGGUACAAUGUGUACCAGGGGUUCACAGACAGGGAGUGUGACUUCACGAGCCCUUUCAUGUGAUGCCGCUUUGCCCUUUAUCUUCUGAUAGUUACUCACACUCACAUACAUAAGAAUGUGCACACACACACACACACACACACACACACAGUGAAUGCACAAACGACCACUGCCACCAUAUUAACACACACACACACAAAGGCCUGUGACACCCGUGGUAUACAGUAAUGUUAUGAGGCAGCAUGCUGUAGUGAGCAGAAGGUUGAAGUGUGCUGCUGUGUUGUCGGUUCUCACCCACAGUAGGGGAGGUGGAGGGGUGGAAGCGGCCGUCACAGAAGGUGCGCAGCAGGGAAGUCUUGCCAACGCUGGAGUUGCCCACCAGAACCACCUUAAACAGGCGGUCAGGGGCAGGCACCGCCCCCUCCUUCACCCUCUGGAGGGAUAGGCAGAGAAAGAGUUAUACAGAAUGAUAUUCAUUUUCAAUUGAUUGCAUAUUGAAGGGCUUCUUUGGCAAUGUUGUUGAUCGCUCAGAUGAGGGGUUCUAGUUUUGACGCUUAACGCAAUGACGACAGAUCUUAUCUUAUUAGGUAAUGUCCUACUACAGCAGGGUCUUCCACCCCUUGCAGAGUUGGGGUCAACUUCAUUUUAACUCAGUCAAUCCACAAAGUUAAUUAAAAUACAAUACAUGAAUAGAGAUUUAUUCACAUGUUGGGUCUCCUUGCCGACGGGCUGUCCUCGAGGUGACGAGGGGGCGUUUCUGAUUCUGCUGAAACGACCUCUGUGUUUGGAGGGGGACACUGUCGUGACCGGGACGGGUAGAGGAACAGGGGCGAAGAGGACACCACUCUCCAGAUCUUCCUUCUCUUCCUCCUCUUCCUCCUCGUCGUCUUGCUCACUGAGCUGGUGCAGCAGGGGCUGGGGCCCUCCGUGAAGCAGGUGGGGGAGGUGGUCCUCCUCGAUGGAGAUAACCCGACGGAGAGGCCACCCGUCUGGGGGACCGUCCAGCCCGUCGCCCCCUACCUCCGGCUUACUCUGGUACUCUGUAUGCCUCUCCCUCUCCCUUUCUUCCUGGGUGGGGGCGAGGGUCUUCUCUGACUCGAACUUGGAGAUCCUCUCCUUCACCCGCACCCCCCUCAUCCCCUGCGCCUCCACCUCAACCACCGUCUCCACCUUCCCAUCAGCCACCUGGGUCGGGGACCAGGUGUUGGAGUCGUGGUAGCCGUUGGCCAAGCCGUAGUUGGUUUUCGGCGAACGUGCUGGACAAGCGGCGUCCAUAUCGUCCUCACUAGAUGAGGAUGGGGAGGAGACAAAAGAGAUUUGAAGGUGUUCUAUGGGCAGCGCGUCAAGGAACUCAUAGGAACCCCGGGCGAAGAGUGAGGCUCUUUGGAGACAAGAGGAAGAAACAGAGGAUGUUGGAUCAAAAUGAGUGUUUCUGAGUCCCAUGUCGCCAAGCAUCAAAUGAGUCCAAGGCACUUUCAUGUUAGUCUCUCGUUACAGACCAUUAUCAUUAAAUGGUAACUCAAAUUGAUUCUGGGUGCUGCUAUUACUUUCAAGAGCAGCCCAGCAGCCUCUCCAUUUCAAAUAUAUCCUUAAUAUAUUAUAAUGAAAAUACACUCCUUAUGCUGUAAAGUACCUUACAUUAAAUUGACCAAUUGGGUGCCUUGGACUCAACAACACUUUUUUUGAUUUCACAUCCUCCGUAUCUCCUCUUUAAUCCAAUGUUGAUUUAAAUCACGUUACUGACGGCCAUAAAAUAAAAUCAUUAUCCUGUCACACAUGACAAGACUGGUUGAUUAUGUUCAGGGCACUUCUAAAGGAAAUGACCUCACCUUUUAACCGGCUGCUGGCUGGUGUCUGCAAACAGAUUGACCAAACUUGCUCUCUGCUUCUGCUUCUGUUUGAGGGAGUUCCUGGGGUUCUGUAGAGCAAAGAGGAUACAAUAGACUGAAAUAGAAUAAAUCAAUAUAAUUGUCAAUGUCCACAAUAUCACCACAAAGGAAACAGUCAAACAUCAAGAUUCGAGAACUCACCACAGCACAGCAUAUGUCUCGCUCGUCUUUUAAAUGUUUGUUCAUCUCUCUGGAUAGAAAACAGAAAACAAUAUAAACUGUCAAAUUCAUGUAUAACAGGAAUACUGUGUGCGUGCGUCCGUGCCUAGGUGUGUGUGUGUAACUUACCUGAGAAGGUCUAGUUGUUUCAUCAGGCUCUGUUUCUCUCUCUGUAGUCCCUCAGUGACUCGGUACAUUUCCCUGAGCAGAGAGAGACACAGUCACCAAAGCUCACUGAACCACACCUAGACAGUAAUCUAGUGAAUAGUACCUGUACUAGGAGUGACAUGCCAUAGCCACUGAUGGAAUGUUUGUGGAAGUGCGAUGCCUAGGCGAGUGAGUGUGAGUGUGUUUGUUUUUGUAUUUGGUCAUUAUAGCUAGUGGUAAUAUUAACCCACAUCUCUCUCUCCUGGUGCAGGCGGGCAGCCUGGUCCUGCAGCAUGGUCAUUUGUUCCUGGGCCAGGGACAGUUCCUGACAGGUGCUCUCCAGCUCUCUGCUAAGCUCUUCGUUGGUCAUCUUCAGCUUGACGUUCUCCACCUGGUUCUCCUGCUGCUCACUGCU